AUGAGAGGAGAGGAAGCUGUGAUAGUGAGCAUAGUUGGUCUUCUUCUAUUUGGGAAGGUGUUGGAGCCUUUAUGGGGAGCUAAGGAGUUGCUCAAGUUUAUUUUUAUUGUUAAUCUCUCAACUUCAGCUUGUGUCUUCGUAACUACUAUUGUGCUGUACUACAUAACACAGGAGGAGAGCUACCUCUACACACCUGUUUCUGGGUUUUAUGGAGUUCUUUCAGGACUACUGGUGGGCAUCAAGCAAAUUUUAGCCGAUCAGGAGCUUAAUCUUUUUGUGCUCAAGAUUAGUGCAAAGUGGAUUCCAUCUAUCGUUGCAUUUAUCUCUGUUGCCGUAAGAUUCUUCAUAAAGGAAUCGAUGUCAUACCUUCCCAUCAUAUUAUUUGGCAUCUACAUGAGCUGGAUUUACCUACGUUACUUCCAAAGGAGAUUAGAAGUAGUCCUUAAGGGGGACCCAAGUGAUGAAUUCUCAUUUUCAAGCUUCUUCCCUGGAUUUUUAAGAUGGUUAAUACCUAAAUUGAGAGCUGUAUGGAAUAAAAUAUUGGAGGACAUUCUUGAUACACAGUUUGUAUCUGACCAGGACAUUGUCUCUUGGAAACUUGAAGGUAAAGGUCUUCAAAAAGAAGUUGAUAAGGAGGCGUUGAUCAAAGGCAUGGAAACCAUGAUCAAGAUUGCGGUGCAACUUUUGAGCAAGAAGAACCAAGCUGCUGGUCAGUCCAACCUGCUACAAGAUGCAACCGGGAAGGAUGAGGAGAACAAGGAAUCAGAUCGUUGA